GGCCUCCGGGAAGAAGGCGGCGGCGGUAGCGGCGGCAGCCGCGGCGGCGAAAGGCGGGGGUGCCGUUGGGGCAGGGCCAGUGUUUACGGAGCGGCGGGAGGGCGCGGACGCAGAACCCAGCGAGGCGGCGGCACGAUGGUCAUGGCGCAUUUCGUUGAGAAUUUUUGGGGGGAAAAAAAUAGUGGCUUUGAUGUCCUUUACCAUAAUAUGAAAUAUGGACAGAUAUCGACAAAAGAACUAGCAGAUUUUGUAAGAGAAAGAGCUACAAUAGAAGAGGCGUACUCCAGGUCAAUGACAAAACUAGCAAAAUCUGCAAGCAAUUAUUCACAACUUGGAACAUUUGCACCAGUGUGGGAUGUGUUCAAAACAUCUACAGAGAAAUUAGCAAAUUGUCACUUGGAUCUUGUUAGAAAAUUACAAGAAUUAAUAAAAGAAGUUCAGAAGUAUGGAGAAGAACAAGUAAAAUCGCAUAAAAAGACUAAAGAAGAAGUUGCAGGAACUCUGGAAGCUGUUCAAACCAUUCAGAGCAUAACUCAGGCCCUCCAGAAAUCCAAGGAAAAUUACAAUGCCAAAUGUGUAGAACAGGAACGUUUGAAAAAGGAAGGAGCUACACAAAGAGAAAUAGAAAAGGCAGCUGUUAAAUCUAAGAAAGCUACAGAUACCUAUAAACUCUAUGUGGAAAAAUAUGCAUUAGCAAAAACUGAUUUUGAACAGAAAAUGACAGAAACAGCUCAGAAAUUUCAAGAUAUUGAAGAAACUCAUCUCAUUCAUAUAAAAGAAAUUAUAGGAUCCUUGUCAAAUGCUAUAAAGGAAAUUCAUUUACAAAUAGGCCAGGUCCAUGAAGAAUUUAUAAAUAACAUGGCUAACACUACAGUUGAAAGCUUGAUACAAAAAUUUGCUGAGUCAAAAGGCACUGGGAAGGAAAGACCUGGCCUUAUUGAAUUUGAAGAAUGUGACCCUGCUAGUGCAGUUGAAGGUAUAAGACCAAGGAAAAGAAAGACUUUCGGUUUACCAGGAAUAAUUAAAAAGGAAAAGGAUGCAGAGUCUGUGGAAUGCCCUGAUGCAGAUUCACUUAACAUUCCUGAUGUGGAUGAAGAAGGCUAUAGUAUAAAACCAGAAGCAAAUCAGAAUGAUACCAAAGAGAACCAUUUCUACUCAUCUAGUGAUUCUGAUUCUGAAGAUGAAGAACCAAAGAAGUAUCGGAUAGAAAUCAAACCUAUGCAUCCGAAUAACUCACAUCACACAAUGGCUUCCUUGGAUGAAUUAAAAGUAUCUAUAGGAAAUAUAACGCUCUCCCCAGCAAUAUCUAGACACAGCCCAGUGCAGAUGAAUCGGAAUUCAUCUAGUGAAGAGUUAACAAAAUCAAAGCCAUCUGCUGCAUCCAAUGAGAAAGGGACCAGUGAUUUACUUGCUUGGGACCCGCUGUUUGGACCAUCUCUUGAUUCAUCUUCUUCAGCUUCACUAACUUCAUCAUCAUCAUCAGCCAGACCCACAACUCCUCUUUCUGUAGGCACCAUUGUCCCACCUCCAAGGCCUGCUUCCAGACCAAAGCUUACUUCAGGAAAACUCAGUGGGAUUAAUGAAAUACCCAGGCCAUUUAGCCCACCUGUAACUUCCAAUACCAGCCCACCUCCUGCUGCUCCGUUAGCCCGGGCAGAAAGUUCUUCCUCUAUCUCAUCUUCUGCGUCACUAAGUGCUGCCAAUACUCCAGUAGAAGAUGAUAAUUUGAUUGGGACACUCUCUGAAAUUGAAAAGCACUGUGAGACUUCACAAGGUGUGUCACGAGGUCCCAGUCCUGUCAGCCUUGGAAAUCAGGACACCUUACCUGUGGCAGUCGCCCUUACAGAAUCUGUUAAUGCCUACUUUAAAGGGGCAGAUCCCACCAAGUGUAUUGUGAAGAUCACUGGUGACAUGACAAUAUCAUUUCCAAGCGGAGUUAUUAAAGUCUUCACUAGUAAUCCAUCCCCAGCUGUGCUCUGCUUCAGGGUGAAAAAUAUCAACAGACUAGAACAAAUUCUUCCAAAUGCACAACUUGUGUUCAGUGAUCCAUCACAAUGUGAUUCUAACACAAAAGAUUUUUGGAUGAACAUGCAAGCUCUUACUAUCUACCUCAAGAAGCUAUCAGAGCAAAAUCCAGCUGCUUCUUAUUAUAAUGUAGAUGUAUUAAAGUAUCAGGUAUCAUCAAAUGGUAUUCAGUCCACUCCUCUAAAUCUUGCAACAUAUUGGAAAUGUAGUGCUGGCACCACAGAUCUUAGAGUGGAUUAUAAGUACAACCCAGAAGCUAUGGUGGCACCAAGUGUGCUUUCCAAUGUACAGGUGGUGGUACCAGUGGAUGGAGGAGUCACAAACAUGCAGUCCCUUCCCCCUGCAAUAUGGAAUGCAGAACAGAUGAAAGCCUUUUGGAAACUCUCUGGUAUUUCAGAAAAAUCAGAAAAUAGAGGUUCUGGGUCCCUCAGAGCAAAAUUUGAUCUUUCAGAAGGACCCAGUAAACCCACAACACUUGCAGUGCAAUUCCUCAGCGAGGGAAGUACCCUCUCAGGAGUAGAUAUUGAACUUGUAGGCACUGGCUAUAGGCUUUCCUUAGUAAAGAAGCGGUUUGCCACUGGACGAUACUUGGCAGAUUGUUGAUGGACCUGGGAAAGUGGUUGGCUCAAGGGAGUAGUACAAACCUGCCAUUCUGCAUUAUCUGUUCUUUCCAAACACUAUUCUAACUUGUAUUAUGUCUUUAAGAGCUGACUACAAACAUUAAAUUGCACUUUUGAAGUGAGUCAUCGAAAGAAAUAGCACUGAAAUGAUUUUCAACGCUGUAAAUGAUAAACUGCAAUAUUCAGGAAACACAUUUAUUCAGAUUCUCAGUAAAAUGAAGUUUUAUAGGCUGAAAUUUUAAAUUAUCUUCAGUGUCUGUGGUUAUAGUGUAAUGUCAGGCCUGAAAUUUCAGGAGAGCAAGCACAAAAUAAUUUAGCUUUCCAUAAGUGUUUAGAGUCAGAGAUAAUUUUGAAAUUUUAUAAGUUUUGAUAUUGAAUGGAUACAGACAGAACGUGAAUUCUAAGUUUUGGAUAAUGUUCAUUUAUAACACUCAAUCAAAUUGAGUUUUGUGCCAUUAAGUAAUCAGACCAGAGUCCAAGGUGUUUGCAAAAUCUAUAAUUUGAUUCUCAUAUAAACAUAUUAAUAAAGUAUAAAUGGUGUUUUAUAUGAUUUUUUUAAUCCUCAAGUGCAAUGUGUUUUAAAAUAAGCUUGCAAAAGACAGCAGAGAAAUUUACUUCUGCAGUUAACUUUAUAGAAGUUGUGAUUGUUUUGAUGAAUUAAUGCUGUAGAUUUAAUUUAUUUUUAUAUGGAUUGCAUAAUGUGUGCCUUGUAAAACAAUAACAAAACCCAGAAAUGUGCCUAUUUGUUUGUGUUCAUUAAUGUGCCUCACUUUUUCCCUAACAGUCUGGAUCUUCUAUUUGGAAUCUUAGAGUAGUCAAGGAUUUUUACAAGAUAAUUGCAAUUUUCAUAAAUACUUUUUUGACUGCAAUUGGGAAGGGAGUUCAGAAUAACUAAAGGACAAUUUAUACUUAAGAACCCUGGCUCGCUUCUUUAGUGAUACACUGUAGCCACUAGAGAAAUAACUAAUGGCAUAUGUUUACAGGGGAAAAAAUUACCUUCAGAUAUUCCACCUUAACCUCAUCAGAAAGUUCUGCAAAACUGUAAUGAUAAAUUGGUAACUGGUAUUUUAACUCUCCAUUUAACAUUUCCCUUCACUCUGUUAUUGGAAGUCUGUACAUUUAUUUCCGGAAUGUGUUGUGAGCAUGAAUUUUGUAGUAGUUUGUGAGGAACACACUUUAGAAAAGAUUAGUUUUGACAUUUUGAACAAUUGGAAAAAUUACCGAUUUGUAUGUUCUUGUUCUUACUUAAUUGCCACCUGCUAAAAAUAGGGAAAUUAUUUGAAAUGAUGGAUUGGGUUAAGCAUUUCUUAAUAUUACUAAUAUUAAAUAGUAAAAAUCCUAACUUUAUUGCAAAUCCUGAUUAAUUGAAGGAAUUAAAUAUUUUGGACACAGUUUCAUAAUUUACAAAUGGGAAAUUUAUUUGUAAGUACCAGUGUCCUGCAUUUUGCGUAGAAGUAAUAAAAUGUGUUGUAUAUGAUAAUUUAUACAAAACCACUAAUUGUUCUGUUAAGCUUUACAGAAAAUAAAACCCCUCCUACUAGACAUUUAUGUAACAUCUUGCUAUAUUAAAUACAGCAGAAAAUCUACUCAUUAGUAAUAUAUAUAACACAAUAUGUGCUUUUUAAUAUAUCCAUGUUAGACCAAUUCUAAAUUUAGAUUUGACUAAAGCAAUACAUAAGAGAAUUUGCUAAAAUUUUCAUCUUUACUAAAUAGUGGACAAAAUUAGAAUUUCUAACUUAUAUUGUACUCUUUUAAAUGCCAAUUACAGUCCCUUACUGGAAUCUUAACUGUAACUGCUUUGCAGUCAAACUGCUUUUAUUGGGCAGUUAAUAUUUUAUUGUUGGAAUUCAGACCCCAUUAUACUCACCAUGUUUGUUUUUAAUUAAGUAUUACCUUACAAUGUACAAACUAGUGAAAUGGUUAAACUUCUGCACUUUCCUAAUUACCACAGUCUUCAUACCAAGUGCUGAUACAUAAAUUUGUAUUGGGUGCAGGUUACAAUUUUGAAGCCAUAUGAGUUUAUAUUGAUUUUUUCAUUUAAAAAUCCACUAAUGGUGUAAAAAAGACCAAUAGAUUUUCAAUCAGAAAUGUAUUUAGCAAGCUGGUUCUUGCUUAUGUAUAGUGAUAAACUUUGUAGCUGCCUCUUUAACCAAGAACUUGUAAACACAGAACUCUAACAAAUGUGAGUUUUUAAGAAUUGUUAUUUACUACUUUGAGUUGUAAUUAGAACAAUGCAAAUCUUACAAAAUUUUGUAAAUAUUUUUGAUUUUUUCAUAAAAAUGUAAAUUUUACAUAAAAGUUGUA